CAGGGUCCAGGGCUGCAAAUCCAGACUGAUGUCAUGGUCACAGGCAGAUCAAGGAGAACAAGCACAAAACCAAGCUGGAGCUGCCCAGGGCUCUUACUGCAAGCUAAGAUUCGUCCUGUGAGUUCCUGUCACUUCUGUUAGAGCUUGGGGUUUUUUCUGCCGCCCGUCACCAGGACCUUCUCUCAGAGAUUUUAUUUGAUGUGAGAGCUGCACAUACUUGCCAGAAGCAUGGACCUCGGUGAAAAAUGGCCUUUGGAGGAAGGAACCUGGUUGUCUCAUACCGGAAUUCAUCAUUUUGCCAACACCAGAGGGGACAGUGAGUUCGUGGAAGCUUCUCCCGUGCCUUACAACCCGGAGGAGUUAGGUCCCCCUCCUGCCUGCUACAGUCCCAGCAGUGCCAUCCAGAUUCUGGAAGACCCCAACUACUUUUUCCCAGACUUUUCGCUCUACUCUGGGAGGCAUGAAGCGUCUGCUUUGACGGUGGAGGCCGGCGGCACCAUCAGGGAGAAAGUUGUUGAGGAUCCUCUUGGUAACUUCCACGCCCCGAACUUCCUGAGGAUCUCAGAGGUGGAAAUGAGAGGUUCCGAGGAUGCGGCAGCUGGAACAGUAUUACAGCGGCUGAUCCAGGAACAACUGCGGUAUGGCACCCCGACCGAGAACAUGAACUUGCUGGCCAUUCAGCACCAGGCCACAGGGAGUGCAGGACCAGCCCACCCUACAAACAACUUUUCUUCCACGGAAAACCUCGCUCAAGAAGACCCACAAAUGGUCUACCAGUCGGCACGCCAGGAACCGCAGGGUCAAGAACACCAGGUGGACAAUACGGUGAUGGAGAAACAGGUCCGGUCCACGCAGCCUCAGCAGAACAACGAGGAGCUGCCUACUUACGAGGAGGCCAAAGCGCAGUCGCAGUUCUUCAGGGGGCAGCAGCAGCAGCAGCAGCAGCAGCAGGGGGCUGUAGGUCAUGGUUACUACAUGGCUGGGGGCACCAGUCAGAAGUCCCGGACUGAGGGGAGGCCCACGGUGAACCGUGCCAACAGUGGGCAGGCGCAUAAGGACGAGGCGCUGAAAGAACUUAAGCAGGGCCAUGUCCGCUCUCUCAGCGAGAGGAUCAUGCAGCUGUCGUUGGAGAGGAAUGGUGUUAAGCAACACCUCCCUGGCUCAGGGAAUGGCAAGGGGUUCAAGGCAGGAGGGGGACCCUCCCCCGCCCAGCCUGCAGGUAAAGUGCUGGACCCCCGGGGUCCUCCACCCGAGUACCCCUUCAAGGCCAAGCAAAUGAUGUCCCCAGUCAGCAAGACCCAGGAGCAUGGACUUUUCUACAGCGACCAGCACCCUGGGAUGCUCCAUGAGAUGGUCAAGCCUUACCCUGCUCCUCAGCCUGCGAGAACAGAAGUGGCCGUCCUGAGGUACCAGCCACCCCCAGAGUACGGGGUCACGAGCCGCCCAUGCCAACUUCCUUUCCCGUCAACAGUGCAGCAGCACAGCCCGAUGUCCUCCCAGAACUCCUCCGUCAGCGGGCCUCUGCACCCCACCUCCUUGCCGCUUCCACUGCCAGUGACCCUGGCCGCUCCCCAGCCCCCGCCCGCCGCCUCCCCCAGCCAGCAGCUCGGUCCAGAUGCGUUUGCGAUUGUGGAGCGAGCCCAGCAGAUGGUGGAGAUACUAACCGAGGAGAACCGCGUGCUUCACCAGGAACUGCAGGGUUACUACGACAAUGCCGACAAGCUCCACAAGUUUGAAAAAGAACUUCAGAGAAUCUCGGAAGCCUACGAGAGUCUGGUCAAGUCUACCACCAAGCGAGAGUCACUGGACAAGGCGAUGAGAAACAAGCUGGAGGGCGAGAUCCGAAGACUUCAUGACUUCAACAGAGACCUCCGAGAUCGCCUGGAGACUGCUAACAGGCAGCUGUCCAGCAGGGAGUAUGAUGGGCACGAAGACAGAGCUGUGGAGGGCCUUUAUGCUUCCCAGAACAAAGAAUUCUUGAAGGAAAAGGAGAAGUUAGAAAUGGAGUUAGCGGCAGUGAGGACCGCGAGCGAGGACCACCGGAGGCACAUUGAAAUCCUGGACCAGGCUCUGAGCAAUGCCCAGGCCAGGGUCAUCAAGCUGGAAGAGGAGUUGCGAGAGAAGCAAGCCUAUGUCGAGAAGGUGGAGAAGCUGCAGCAGGCCCUGACCCAGCUGCAGUCCGCAUGUGAGAAGCGAGAGCAGAUGGAGCGGAGACUUCGGACCUGGCUGGAGAGAGAGCUGGAUGCCCUGAGAACCCAGCAGAAACAUGGAAACGGCCCGCCAGCCAGCAUGCCGGAAUACAACGCCCCGGCCCUCAUGGAACUCGUGAGGGAGAAGGAGGAGCGCAUCCUGGCCCUGGAGGCCGACAUGACUAAGUGGGAGCAGAAGUAUCUGGAGGAGAGCACCAUCCGGCACUUCGCCAUGAACGCCGCAGCCACCGCCGCAGUCGAGAGGGACACCACGAUCAUCAACCACUCGAGGAACGGCAGCUACGGCGAGGGCUCUCUGGAGGCCCACCUCUGGCAGGAGGAGGAGGAGGUGGUGCAGGCCACCAGGAGGUGUCAGGACAUGGAAUACACCAUUAAAAAUCUCCAUGCCAAAAUCAUAGAGAAGGAUGCUAUGAUUAAGGUCCUUCAGCAGCGAUCCCGUAAAGAUGCCGGGAAGACGGACUCGUCCAGCCUGCGGCCGGCCCGCUCCGUCCCUUCCAUUGCCGCGGCCACCGGGACACACUCCCGCCAGACCUCGCUCACCAGCAGCCAGCUGGCUGAGGAGAGGAAGGAAGAGAGGACCUGGAAGGGGAGCAUAGGGCUGCUGCUGGGGAAGGAGCACCAUGAGCACACCUCCACCCCCGCCCUGCCCGCAGCUCCCGCCGCAGCCCUGGCCCCGCCGGUGCCCGCCUCAUCGGCCAGCAGCGCCCACGCCAAGACGGGCAGCAAGGACAGCAGCACCCAGACGGACAAGAGCACUGAACUCUUCUGGCCCAACAUGGCCUCCUUGCCCAGUCGUGGCCGGCUGAGCGCGACCCCUUCCAACAGCCCGGUCCUGAAACACCCAGCGGCCAAAGGGACAGCAGAGAAACUGGAGAACUCUCCGGGCCAUGGGAAGCCGCCUGACCACAAAGGCCGCGUCAGCAGCUUGCUCCACAAGCCCGAGUUCCCCGACGGGGAGAUGAUGGAAGUUCUCAUCUGACACCGGCGUUCCUCUCGAAGGUGCAGCAGGACAAGUGAACGAGGUGGCGGAGAGGGAGCAGAACGAUUGGGAAGGUUGUAGAUGGAAAAUCAGGAGUGAUUCGAACUGCUAGAGUUCAGAUUAGUGAGAACACUUUUUAUAAAUGUUUUAAAAAAUCAGGAGACCUACGUGAAUGAAGAGGAAGCGGACGCUAUGGAUUUGUACCGCGUGUGGUGGAAAAGAGACAGACGGUGCUUGUCGGCUUGGAAACAGAAGAAACGGGAAAUGAAAUUCUUUCAUUGUGCCGAAAUUGUAUCUCAUGGGGAGGGGCUCUGGACACCUAUUUUCUAGUUAUAAACAGAUAAACCUGAACGUGGAUUUUCCUUCGAUACCCCCAUUCUCCUUGCCUUUUAGCAUCUUUUUGUGUAAGAAGAAGCUCCUAGAAAUCUGAUCGCCCGUCUGGGUAUCAUGUAAAACCACCUGUGCCAUCGGGGGUGUCCUGUGAAUGUGUGUGGGUGUGACAACGAGAUGAGAUGUCUGGGGUGAUGGAAUUUGAAAUGUCCUCAUCUGAUUACCUGCUUGCUGUGGAUUUUCCAGGGGGUUCUGGGGCUGCCUAGCUGUUGUGGACUCGGCAGUAUUUCCAAACGGAAUGGGAGCAGUAUGAUCUUGGUGCUCACCCUCCCUAACUUCCCUGACUUCACCUCUGUCUUUGCUUCCUUCUUUUUAGUUUUACUCCUUUUUUUUCCUUUUUUCAUUUUUACAUAAAACAUGGCAGCGUAGGUCUGGGAUGUAUGAGAGCAGUGUCUGGACUGUCACCGUUCCUGCUGUUUCAUCGUGGCCAGUGGGCAAAGCCACAGGCCGGCUGCCGGCUGCCUGCCCCUCUGAGUUGCUGGGUGGAAGCUGCUAAUCCCAUUCUGACUGUGAACUAGGUCAGCUUUGACGAGCGAAGGUCCACGGUCGGUGUGACGUCCGCGUCACGAUCGCGGCCCCGGCUCUCUGCUCUCGCACAUCAGCUCUUGCGCAGAGCUGGGUGCUCCCUGUCCGCUGCUCUGCUGGGGCGAUGUGUUCCCCUCCAGCGCGGCUGGGUGCUGUUAUUCCAGGUCACGUUCCCCGCUCACUGCAGGGAAGACAGGGAGCCCUGGCUCUGAGACCACCUCAGGGAAGCCUGGGGACACCACCACUCGGGAACUCUGCUCGGCUGCUUAUUUUAGGAUUGGUCUUUAGAGUGUAACCUGGGUAGAGGUACAGCCUCCCCAAAUUGAGCGGGUUGAAGGGUGAGAGAAACGUAGGCCGAAGGGGAGGAGGAAACCAGGGGCCCCAGCUGUCCAGUGUGACGAAGGAAGCGGGAAGGGACUCCAGGCUGCUCCGCGGGGACUCCAAGCUUUGUGCUCGCUUGUUGCCUCCUUCGGUCCCGGGUUAAGCAUCACCGACUAUCGUGCAGCCUGGGAAGCCGGAGGCUCUGGGGGCGAGGGGCACGCCACAGGCCCUGGUGCAUGGGGGGAGGGCAGGGAGGAAAGGGUGGCUGGGCAUGGGGCAGAGGGUCCCCAUUCCAUUCUCUGUUCUCAUCACUGUUGAAGGUGCUGAGAUUCAGUAGAUGACAUCUAACUCUCUUAAUGAUGUUUUGAACAUGAUUAAUGUUGGGGACGCACCGGGAAGGAAAGGGUAUCUAGAGAUAGGACAGCAAGUCACCUCUGCCAGCCCCCCACACCCUCCCAUGUCUGAGCCACCCCAAGCUUGGGCUGUCUCCCCUGGAAGUGGGUGGGAGGGAGCCCAGCGCAGCCCCCCCGACCUCGUCUUCGUGCUCUAGCACACUUCCUUGGCGCCCUGGCUCCCGGCUGGCAGGCUCUCCUCCGUCCCCGAGUUGCCGGGUGUGUUCACUGCAUCCGCAACCACGUCAUCACCAUGUUCCGGUCCUGCUACGGUCUUCAUCGACCUUCUUCUAGCCUGUGAAGACUCUUCCAUAAGGAAAGGGAUCUGUAGCUUUGCAAACUUUUUCAUGGGCGAGUUCCUGCCAAGCCAGGGCCCGGCCACCUCCUCUUCGCAGCUUUCUCGAAGCCUUGCUUGCAUGUGAGAGAAUGAGGUUGCCUGUCCUGAGCACCCGCUCUGCAUCUUGGGCAGUUUGCAAUACAUUAUCUCAUCUGAUUUUCAGAGAAAUAACAGUCGCUGUGGUUUUUAGUGUCGACUGUAGGUGGCACUAUGGAAAGUGCCUUGCAGUGAGGACUCAUCCACCCGAGAGCAGGAGCAGGUCUAUUCUAACUUCGCAGGAGGAAACGGAGCCUUGGGGAGAUGAAGUCCCUUUCCAAAGCCUCACAGCAGGAGAAGCCGGGAUCCGAACCAUGGGUUUGGCGAGGACCUGCGCCUUCGCCAGGGUGGACGCCUCUGGUUGGGGAUAAUAGCGAUCGGUGCCGCCUCUUGGCACACACUCUCCCUGUCUGAUUUGUGUGUGUGCACGCACAGCUGCCCCACUCAGGAGCUAAGAAAUAGGACUAGGCCCAGAGCUCCUAGAAUUACCCAUGAACACCGGGCGUGGGGGAAACCCUUGUGUUCCAUUGUAGGUGUGGCUCAGAGCCCAUCUCAGAAACACUGGUGCGUUGUCCAGAGGCCCGCCCUUGGGAUUCCCGGUGGAGUCUGAUGGUGGAACCCACAGGUCCUCUCAGCACGCAGGGGAAAGGCUCUGGCUUGGGGUGAAGACCUCCAGAGUAUUCUGCUUCCUCAGUGAGUGUGCUGUGGCAGCUUCUGUGUGCUGCCCCGGUGUUCCAUGGACUAGGAGGUGCUGCCGGAUUCCAGCCACUAAUUUCAGUGCAUGUGCGUUUUCUUCUCUGCUUUUCUUCUGCUUCCCAGAGGUUGGGAGCUAUUGAUGGCGUUGAGUCGAGCCUGUUCCAAGCAGGCACGCAGGACAGGGCUGCCACGUCCCGCCCAAGGCUCUGCUCGGAGGCCAGAGAGGGGUGGGGCCUCGUUCUUCGGGCUCAUGUGUGAACUUGACUGCACAGGGCUUGGGUCGGAUACCAGACAGUUGUUGCAGAUAAGCUGUGAACUUGAACAGCCUGGUGGUUCUGUUGCUCGGGGAGGCUGUCAGGAUGCCCCCUGCAGUCAAGCCCAUAGGUCCUAUUCCUUCUCCCUGGCUUUGCCCUCGGCCACCCGUAUCCUCAUGACGCCCGGCUGAGGCACCUUUGCUGAUGGACUGAUGAGCUCUCCCUGGGCAGCAGCCGUCUGAGCCCUGGAGACUGAUGUGAACACAGAUGGCAGGUGAGGCUGGGUUCCCAGGAAGAGUGAAGAAUAGGCCCUGGCAAGUUUGGCUCAGCGGUUGGAGUGUCAGCCUGCGGACCAGAGGGUCCCGGGUUCGCUUCCCACUAGGGGCACGUACCAAACAAAAAAAGAGUGAAGAAUAGAUUGGGGUUUAAAAGGUUUCCCGGCAGAGAGCUUAUAUAUGUGAGGAGCUCUGCGGGGCAGAGGUGUGUUUUCCAAAACCUGCUCCUGCUCUGCUCCUGCUCCUGCUCCGUGUCGGCACCGGCGACAGCGGAGUGCAUUGCUGUGCUCUGAGCCACCAUGCACUCCUGAGCGAGAGCACCGUGGUCCUGGUCAGCGGGAGCCCGUGACUGUUCUCAGAUGGCAAAGGCUGCAAGCCAUCCGCGAGCAUCCGGCCCACAGUGGGCUUCCUCACUUCCCCAAACCUGACGCAGUCCUGGUCUGUGCUUGAGAAAUGUCGGUCUUUUCUCUUUUCCGGUUAACUCAUGAGUGUGUUUAAAGUGUCUUCCCUCAGUGUGAGGAGUGUCUAAUGGAUUUGUCUCUGAUGUGUGGCUCCGCGGGAGACGGGCAGAGUAAUUAAGAAGUCAGAAGCUGACUAGCUGGGAUGCAGUCGAGGUCAGCAUUUCAGUCGAUGGAUUUCUUCUGGAACUAAUCAGCAGUUUUUUUUCUCUUAAGUAGCAAACCCUAUUCUCGUUUAGUAAUUUGAUGGUAUAUAAAGAUGUGUCUGUGUAGGUGCACACGUGUGAGGCAUGACGAUAAGGUUGUGUGUCGAGCUUUUUUCUUAAGCUCCAGAACAUCCAAGUGCUUCAUCUCACCUCGCCUUCCUCAGAAGGUGACCCUCUGGGAGACCGUGCUGGUCACUGCCACGCUGCCCAAGUAGAGACUUUUUGCAAACACCUGUACUGGAAUGGCCUUUGGGGCCGGGUAGGUUCAUCUGACUAUCCUUAGACAGGAGGAAUCUUCAUCCUUUGAAGAUGGACUUUGGUUUGGAAAUAAUCCCAAGUCAUUUGCUCAGUUAGAUAAAUAAAGAUGUGUGAUUAGGGUGAGUCACACCAUUUUAGCUUUAAAAAAGAAACGGAACCCUAAGAUGUUCCUUGGAGCAAAUCUUUGGACUCCAUGAGCCUCUCACAGUGACCACCACUAAGCUGGACAGUGUCAUCCGUACGUGUAACCUCCAGCGGGUUCACUCUUGCCAUGCCUCAUGUGUCCCUUCUGCAUACACACACAUGUAAGUGCAUAGUCGUUAGUUUAAACUCCAGUAGGUGCCCCGUGAAGCUGUGUUAUACUUAGCGCAUGUUAGUGUCAUGUUAUGCUCUGAGUGAGGUGCUUGUUAUGAAACUUUGCUUUGUUACAGAAUUAAAAUAUCGUUCUCAAUAUAAUGAAGCCCAUAUACAGCAUUUUCUUGUAUCAGCUCCAGAAGUUUUGAUGCCCAGUGGUGUGUUUACCUGUGAUUUUGCCUAGAUUCUGUUCGCAUAUAGACACCUACCUGUAAGUAUUUAUUACAAAACAGAAUGUAAGCAAAUUUAUCCACGGUGGUUUUCUUUGAAUCGAGGUGUUUUUUCCCUCCUGAGGAGUGACAGUGGGACCGCCUCCCCUCCACAGGCGCUCACAGAGUCUGAAGUUCUGUGGAGAGGGCAGGUGCCUGAGGGGACCUGGGCUGCCCCGUGCCCCGCCCGGUGCCCCGCCCUUUCCACCAGCAGCGCCGCUGUGCUUGGUGGCAGCGUGCUGUGCUCUGCAGCGGACUCUGGUGGGACUGGUGCGACACUUGGGCGUGUUAGUCUGCUGGUCUGUACUGAAGUGGGUGUACAGGGCUGCACAGCCCGAUGGGUCUGUGUACAGAGUGGGGGAGUCCAAGAACAUGGUGUGUGCCCCAGAAAAUACUGAUACUGUUGGUCAGCCAAAGAUUUUCCUAUUCUUUGCUGCUUAAACGUGUGCCUUACUAUUGUACAUAAUAAAUGGGUGAAGUGACUCUUCUCCCUCAUGCCUGCUCUCUUCUUUUCCGAAGAACUUGCACGCUGGGUGCUCUGUGUU